AUGGAAAGUUUGACUUCUGCAACUAAGGAAAUUCAAGAAAUUAAAAAUGCUGCCGCGGCAACUGAAAAGGUGACUGCGUCGCUUCGCAAAGAAAAUGAUCAGUUGAAGGCUGAAGUCGACAAAUUAGUAUGUCGCAACAUACGUCUUAAAGCUCAGUCAAGAAGAAGCAACUUCAGAAUUUACGGUGUCAGAGAUUCUUCACAAGAAACUCCAGCAGAAACCGAGCAAGUGUUGAGAAACGUCCUGAUACAACAGCUUCAAAUACCUGAAGAAGACGUAAACAAUAUGAGCUUCGAAAGAGUUCAUCGAAUUUCUAACACCCGAGCUGUUAAUCAAACCAACAAAUCUAAGGGUCCGCGCCCAAUAAUCGCCAAAGCCAGCUUCUAUCAAGAGAAGGAGCAAAUUUUUUCAUACGCUAGAAGCUUACCAAAAGGCUCAAAGAUCAGUGUUGCCAGUGACUUCCCAAAAGAAAUCGCCGAUAUGCACAAGAAACUUUACCCAAUCUUGAAAGCUGCUAAAGCCCAGAAGAAAAAAGCUUUCUUUAAUGUCGACAAACUUAUUAUUUAUCGUGGAAAAGAAACUAAAGAUCUUCCUCUGUACGGUAAAGUUAUGGUACAUGAUUAG